UGGGUCUCCGCUCGCUGGCAGUCGCACAUCCGCUCAGUUGUGUCGUGUUAUCCGUUCCGCCAGCAAGGAUCUCAGUUGCGCACAGUUUCGAGUUCCUUCAUUUGCAAUCACAUUGCAAAUAUUUGUAUAUUUGCUGCAAUCAAUGCGGCUGUUCCAUGUGGCGAGUGGGAAAUUUUGCAAAAUCGACAAUAAUCCGCCAAUGAAUCAAAAAUCACUGCAAUAAGCAUUACAAAGUCAGCGCCUAAAUGACAUGGCAGAGAAACGCCUACUGCUGGAUCCAUCCGCCACCGCAGCGACGGAGGAGCCGGAAGUGCAAAUGACCCGACGGGCGGGAGGAGUGCUCCAUGCCAUCCAGCACCGCCCACUUCCGGUGAGCAGGAAGUCGGUGCUGGGACUGCUGGUGUCCUUUACGUUCUGCUACUUUCUGAUCGGCCGAACCGGCUGGGUGAACGUCCUCGAUCUGGACGUGCUGCACUCGGAUAACUACGUCGCGGUGCAGCAUCAAUCGACGGUGUUGGAUGAACGUGAUAUCAUUACUGAGUCCAUUCCAUCUGUCCCGAAAGGCUUCCUGGUGUACAGCAACUCCUGCCGCAUCAUGGAGGUGGAUCCGUACAAGAACGAGGUGAUGCGCCACUUUAAGCGCAUCAAAUACAAAUCCUGCCAGAAGUUGCCGCCGCUGACGCACGUGAAAUUCGAUGCAAAGUCCCAGAAGUACCUGCUCAGCAUCGAUGGAGCUGCUUUCAGUCGCUAUCCGGUGGGCAAGCAGCUCCACUGCUGCUACAUGGCCGUGCAGCGGGUGGACGAGAUGAAGGUCAAGUACACCAAGUGUCAAGCCUUCAAGGGCAGCACCCUGCUGCCCAAUUCCGCCGAGGGCAUCAUCGUCAAGUGCGAUGCGGGCGGCCAUCAGAUCUAUAUCAAUGGCCAUGCGACCGUGCCCGUCAAGGAGGCAGUGCAGCAGCGAUUACAAGUGGCUGCUGAGGCGGACGCCAAGGGCUAUCCGAGACCUCCGAGCGUCCUGAUGCUCGGCAUCGAUAGCAUCUCCCGUGUUAAUCUCAUCAGAGCCAUGCCCAAAACGGCGCAGUACCUCUACGACAACGGAUGGUUUGAGCUGGCGGGUUACAACAAGGUGGACGACAAUACGUUUCCGAACAUCAUGGCAGUGGUCACCGGCUACAAUCUGCCCAAUGCCAUGCACGCAUGCUCGCCCUUCGUGGUUGGUGGCCUGGACAAAUGCGACUACAUCUGGAAGCAGUACCAGCAGAGGGGCUACGUGACCGCCUAUGCGGAGGAUGCCGUCAAGAUCAACACGUUCAACUACCUGAAGAAGGGCUUCAAGAAUCCGCCGGCGGACUACUACUUGAGACCAUAUCUCUCAGCCGCCGAAUCGCAGCUGGAUCACACGACGGUCAAUGGUCUGGUGCACUGCCUCGGUUAUGUGACGGCGGCGGAGCACGUGUACGACUAUGGACUGGAGUUCACCAGGCGGUUCCUCAACGAGACGUACUUUGGUUUUUUCUGGACCAACACGCACAGUCACAGUGACAUCUCGCAGACCAGCAGCAUGGACAGCUAUAUGGAGGAGUAUCUGCGCAAGCUGGUGCGCCAGGGCACCAUGGAGAACACGGUGGUGGUCUUCUUCAGCGAUCAUGGCAUGCGGUUUGGACCAACCCGAGCCACCUGGUCGGGUCACUUGGAGGAACGUCUGCCGGCCAUCUUCAUCUGGUUGCCCCAUCACCUGCGUAGCGCACAUCCGGAGUUUGUGCGCAGCCUGCAGCUGAACAGGAAUCGCUUGACCACGCCCUAUGAUCUUCACCUGACCAUGAAGCACAUACUGGCCCUAUCUGGGCGCGCUGAAAUGGAUUCAUUGGGUCCGGCACCCGACUGUCCGCAGUGCCAGAGUCUACUGACCCCCGUUUCGCCGCUAAGGAGUUGCUCCGACGUGGGCAUCGCGGAUCACUGGUGCACCUGCUGGGAAUACGACACUAUCUCGAGCAGCUCGAAGGAAUCGCGUAUGCUCGGCAAGCGGGUGGUCAGCUACCUCAACAACUAUGUGGCCGAGUUCCGCAACGGAUCGUUUGCCAAGCUGUGUGCUCCACUCUCUCUGCACAGCAUCAAAUCCGCGUUCCGGGCGCAUCACAAUGCCCUCGAUCCGGAGGAGGUGCACACCUAUCGACUGAUCUUCGUCACGGCGCCCAAUAAGGGACAGUAUGAGGCCACCGUGCGGCACAAUCACACGGAUGACUCCGUGAAAGUGACGGGAUCCGUGAGUAGAUUGAACGUCUAUAGCGGAGAGGCGGAUUGCAUGAAUGAUUUUGCUGCCAAAAAAUAUUGUUAUUGCCGAAAGAAGAAGGGAUAGAUGUAGUAGUAUUAUACCUAAGGCUAGUGCCCAAGUGCCGUUACUCGGAUUA